CUUAGCAUACUAGGUGGAAAAAUCAACUUUUUAAAAAACAACCAAACAAGUAGUCGUCGUAUUUCCUGGUUUGGGCUAGAACACAUUACUUUCGAUGCUGCAAAAGAAAUUGCAUGGAAAGAGUACCAGCAGAAUGGAAAAUUAAGUUUGAGCACAUCUUUAAAUCUAUACCAAAAAAAUGCAAAAAAAAUAUCUAAAGUUUGUGAGGAAGCCUUAAACCGAAUGCAUGAAUUCUUUGAUGAAGUAAAUGUUCCUGAGCAGCUUUCCACUAGCACAAUUCAUGCUGAUGAGGACAGCAAGUCUAAAUAUCAUUGUGAUGGCAACGCAGAUGUUAGACCUACAAAUAAGAGAAAGUUUAUGGGGUUUGAAUUGCUGAAGGCACCACCUGAAAAAAAAAGAAUCCAGUCAAUAAACUGCAGUGAGGAUGCAGGAACUGCAUUAGAUUUGAAUGCUGGGAAUAGACCAGAUCAGGAGGAUUCAGUCAAUUCAACAAUAGUGAAAGAAGCACAACAGUGUUCCUUAGAUCUAGUUACCCCUUCUGCUAACGCCUGUAUGGAUCUACAAAAUGUAGAAUCUGUAAUGUGCAAGUCUAGAAUAUUGGAAGAAGGGUCUUGUCCAGCUGCUGAGAAAACCAAACCAGACAAUGUUGAAGAAAAAACUCUGAACAGUGCUUCUGAUUACAAUUGUGGAGACCCAGCUUUCGGGAUCACAUCUGCAGUAAAUGUGCCUUCAACAAGCCAAAGUAAAGAUGAAACAUUUCCUACAGUUGAUAAAAUACACCCAAAAGGUAAAAGCAUUCCAAUAGUUAAUCAAUCAAGGCAGCAUCCCUUUCCAUUAUAUGGAUCAAAAGAUAGUUAUUCUUACCAAAGAAAAUUGGGCUCUAAAGCCCAUUUUUCUCAUUCUACUAAUAUGUUCGUCAAAAAUGACCUCAGUUCAGGAAUGAUUUAUGGGACUUCUUCCUCUGACCAAAGUAGCAAGUGGCAGCUUUCAACAGUUAAACCUGCUGCACAUUUUUGGCCAUCGCAUAAAAACCAAACUGAACAAAAACAUCAAAAUGAUAAUGAAAUCCUUGUACAUGAAAACAAGCAGUUGUCACCUUCUGAAGGAUUUCCUCCACAUUUAAUCAAUAUAAACCAUUUUUGUCCUCCUCAGCCAUGGAACCAAAAUAACUAUUUUUAUGGGAGCGAUUCAUAUUUUCUAUAUUCUGGAUAUGCACUCCCUACAGCGAGUUUUGGAGCGAGCAAUCAACAGAGUCCAACAAUGAUGAAUUAUACACCAUAUUUUUAUCCAUAGUUUGCAAAAACAAGACUCUGCCCUCCAGGUAUGUUUAUAUAAAAUA